ACGCUCGCAUCAUUCGCCCUUUAAAGAGUCUAUGAGCGUCUCCACUUCCCCUGAUCCUAAAGAAAGGAAAGAGUGGAUGGAGACCUUGUGGAGACUUUCGAAAAUUCUAUUCAGUUACGACACCAGACCGCGUUUGAUGGAUGAGAUUAUCCGAUCCUUAGAUGGGGUAUUCACUCAUAUAGACGACUUGCUCAUCGGCAACAUUGAUAUUGCAAAACAUCAGCAGCAACUGACGGAUCUGCUUAAAAGACUAGUCUAA